AUGUUGAGUCAGCAGUGUUCCCACUAUGGAAGAGGGGCCAGGAAGCCUUCAUCCAGUCUCUCAGAAAACCAUGUUGAGCCAUCAGUGUUCUGGAAGAGGGAGCAGGAAGACGUCAUCCAGGGACAAGGACAAGGUGCAGAACUGGUUGUUGAAGCACCUUUGGCAGUGAUUGUAUCUGGUUGUAUCAACCUCUGCUCCCAGAUCAAGUUAGGAAGCCUGAAAAGACCUGAGAGGACACACACAGGAGAGAAGCCAUACCAUUGCGGCCAGUGUGGAAAGAGUUUUAGCCUGUUAGGAAGCCUGAAAGCUCAUGAGCGAAUACACUCAGGAGAGAAGCCAUACCAUUGCGGCCAGUGUGGAAAUAGUUUUAGCCAGUUAGGAAACAUGAAAAAACAUGAGCGAAUUCACACAGGGGAGAUGCCAUACCACUGCUCCCAUUGCGGAAAGAGUUUUAACCAUUUACUUAACAUGAAAAGACAUGAGAGGAUACACACAGGAGUGAAGCCUCACCAUUGCUCCCAGUGUGGAAAGAGUUUUAUGCAGUUAGGUAUCCUCGAAGAUCAUUUGCGAAUACACACAGGGGAGAAGCCUUACUACUGCUCCCAUUGUGGAAAGAGUUUUAACCAUUUACUUAACAUGAAAAGACAUGAGAGGAUACACACAGGAGUCAAGCCUCACCAUUGCUCCCAGUGUGGAAAGAGUUUUAUGCAGUUAGGUAUCCUCAAAGAUCAUUUGCGAAUACACACAGGGGAGAAGCCUUUCCUUUGCACUCAGUGUGGAAAGAGUUUUAGCCAGUCAGGAAACCUGAAAGUGCAUGAGCGAAUUCACACAAGGAAGAAAUCUUACCACUGAUCCCAGCGUGCAAUGCUUUUUUACCCAAUUAGGACACCUGAAAGAAGACAUGAGACCGCACACGGGGGAGAAGCUUUACAAAUGUUCAGACUGGGGGGAAGGCAUUUUACUCAUCAGUAGCGUAAAAAAAACAUGUGAGAAUCCACACAGGAGAGAAUGUUUACUUGUUUAUAUAUAACUAUUUCUGGAUUUUUGUCUUCUCAUUUUGUCUGUCAUAGUUGUAGUGUACCUAUGAUGAAAAUUACAGGCCUCU